AUGAACCAGUUUGGUACUAAUAUACAAGUAUUGUCUGGUAAAAUUAGUAGUUAUAAGGAGGACAACUAUUCAGAUGUAUCAAACAUGUCAAUGGAAAUGGAUGAUUGUAUUAACCUAACUGACUUCAUGAGUCCAUUGAAGAACAAUAUGGAAGGAGUAACCUAUGAAAGAGUAAGUCAGGAAAAUGAUAAUGAAGCUGCCACAUAUGAUGAUGUCCCAAAAUAUGAUGAAGAUGAUAAUGUCCUAGUUGUUAGUGUUAAAACAAGGUUCAAUGAAGAUGUACCUUGGAAGAAGCAGUUGCACAUUCUAGGUAUGAGAUUUACCAAUCCUAAACAAUAG